AUGGAGCAUUACAACCAAGCUGCCGCCAGGCCUUAUGCCACUCACAACACCCCUGUCCCUUCUCAGACGAGGCUGGAUGUCACACAGCAGGAGCAACAGCUUCCGUCUAUCCGCGAGGUAAUGCUGGACUCACGGUGUAACGAGACUCCUCGAACUGACUUGGUAUGCAAGGUCAUCCCCCCACCGCGCCACGACACCAUGGAGUCACAGGUUCACGAGAUGCCGUCCAACGCCAGACCCAUGAUGGUGCCGUAUCUCAGCUCGCAGCACACGACGAGCAUGAACGUGGCAUCUAUCCCGGCUCCUGUGCAGCCGCAGUCCAGCCCUAUGACCUUUCCUGCAGAUGGGACAAACCCAAUGCAGAUGAAUGGGCUUGCGCCGCCGCAACCAUUGCAGACCCCAGCAAGGACCCCAGCUGAAUACAGUUCUCCUUGGUCCUCGUCGUCUACCUACACUGAGGCUGGUGUCCCCAUGGCGACGCAACCGGCGCUCUCCACCCAGCCUCAACCUUUCACCGCCAUGAGCCAGCCCAUGAUUCCGUCCGACACGCAAGAUAGCGUUUACUCUUCAACAUACUCGAUGCGAGCAGCAAAUGACAGUCCGGAUUCAUACUCCCGGUGGAGGACCCCUCAAGUCAGCUCCGCCCCGAGAUACAACCCGUAUCUCAUGUCGGAGCGCUCUUACAACCAACCGCUUGACUAUGGACGAUAUGGCCAGUCAUUUGAUCAAUACCGUGCUCCCCUCGGAUACGAUGGCGGCUACCGGUCCUUGGAUACGUCUCCUUAUCACAUGAAAUACAGCCAAUUGCUGUCGUAUCCCAUCAUGGGCUAUCCUUCGCACGCUAACGGCCGACGACGUCGAGGCAACCUGCCCAAACCCAUUACGGACAUUCUUCGACGUUGGCUGCAAGAGCACCUGGACCACCCAUACCCAAGUGAUGAGCAGAAGCAAAUUUUUAUUCAACGCACCGGGUUGACCAUAAGCCAGAUCAGCAACUGGUUCAUCAAUGCUCGUCGUCGACAGCUUCCAGCGCUCAAGCUGAAACGGGCCAAGUCCAUUCAAAGUCGGGCUUGA